UGGUGUGGCGGAGCGUUCUGGCAGUCGAACCUGCGAGAAAUCUGGGUUGGCUAGUACACUAAAAUAAGACCACGUGUCAGUGAGCUUAUUCAUUGGUUUAUAGCAACAGGUUUUGGGGAAGCGCCAAAAUAAUCUAACCUCAUUCAACAUUACGUUCGAGCAGGCCACAAAGAGAUAUAAUUUUUUUUUAUAAUCUCAACAUGCCUAAAAGGAAGGAUCCCAACAAGCCUAAAGGCGUGAAAUCUGCAUAUAUAUGUUUUACAGAGCAUGAGAAAAAGGAAUAUGAUAAAAAAGGUGAAUCAAUACCAUUUGCUGAAAUGUCAAAAUUGUGUGGGGCGAAAUGGAAGGAGAUGACUGAAGAUGAUAAAGCCCCAUUCUAUAAGAUAUCGGACACUGACAGAAAACGUCACGAGAAAGAAAUGGAGAGUUAUAUACCUCCAAGUGAUAGUGAUUCUGAUGAUGAUAGGCAAAAAAAGAGAAAGAAAAAGAAGGAAAAAGAUCCUAACGCACCAAAGAGAAAUGUCUCUGCAUAUUUCCAUUUUGCUGCAGAUAAACGACCGAAAAUAAGGGAAGAAUUUAGCGAUUUAAGUAUAACGGAAGUUGCAUCGAAGAUAGGCGAGGCUUGGAGAAACUUAGCUGCAGCAGAUAAAAUUCCAUACGAAAAGUUAGCUGCGGAAGAUAAAGAACGGUAUUUAAGAGAAAUGAAAGAUUACAAUGCGUCCAAAUAGCGAAUUUGCCUUUUAGCAAUAUAAAUCUCUAAAGUGUGAAAUGGUUUUUGCACGGAUUUGUAAAUAUGGAAAUAGCUAUGUUUUUUAAUAUAGUGAGCAGUAAUAAUUUGCGAAUGAAGUAUAAUUUCUUAUCAGUGUUGGAAUUUUACUGCUUGAAAACUCUCAUUGUAUUUAUUGUACAAUAGUUUAAAUUUAAUAUGGCGUAAGUUGUAAAAAAACGCCUGGAUUAAUGUUUAACUGGUUUCAUAUUUAAAUAAAUUGAACUAAUACUUUUAAAA